UGUGUUUGAGGCACAUAAAGGAGGCCUUGUGUCUGGAGCAGGGUGAGCAAGGAGUUGAAUGGUAGAACGUCAUGACAUGAAUACCUUAAGCCUGCCCCUGAACAUACGCCGAGGAGGGUCCGACACCAACCUCAACUUUGACGUACCAGAUGGCAUCCUGGACUUCCACAAGGUCAAACUCAGUGCAGACAGCCUGAAACAAAAAAUCCUAAAGGUAACAGAGCAGAUAAAAAUCGAGCAAACAUCCCGUGAUGGGAAUGUUGCCGAGUAUCUGAAACUAGUCAGUAGCGCGGACAAGCAGCAGGCUGGACGAAUCAAACAAGUCUUUGAGAAGAAGAAUCAGAAAUCAGCUCACUCUAUUGCUCAGCUGCAGAAGAAAUUAGAGCAGUAUCAUAGAAAGCUCAGAGAGAUUGAACAGAAUGGAGCCUCCAGAAGCUCAAAGGACAUUUCCAAAGACAACCUGAAGGACAUACAGCACUCUCUGAAAGAUGCCCACAUGAAGUCUCGGACUGCUCCCCACAGCAUGGAGAGCAGUAAAUCAGGCAUGCCAGGGGUAUCCCUCACUCCACCCGUGUUUGUUUUCAAUAAGUCCAGAGAGUUUGCCAACUUGAUCCGGAAUAAGUUUGGCAGUGCUGAUAACAUUGCUCACUUAAAAAAUUCCUUAGAGGAGUUUAGGCCUGAGCCGAGCACCAGGGCCUAUGGUGGCAGUGCCACCAUCGUGAACAAGCCCAAGUAUGGCAGCGACGACGAGUGUUCGAGUGGCACGUCAGGCUCGGCUGACAGUAACGGGAACCAGUCCUUUGGGGCUGGUGGAGCCAGCACACUGAACAGCCAGAGGAAGCUCACCAUGAUCCUGGAGGAACUGAGGGAGAUCAAGGACACCCAAGCACAGCUGGCCGAGGACAUCGAGGCAGUGAAAGUGCAGUUUAAGAGAGAGUAUGGUUUUAUUUCUCAGACCCUGCAAGAGGAGAGAUACAGGUACGAGCGACUGGAAGACCAGCUGCAUGACCUGUCAGACCUGCAUCAGCACGAGACGGCCAACCUGAAACAGGAGCUGGCCAGCAUCGAGGAGAAGGUGGCCUACCAGGCCUCUGAGCGCUCGCGGGACAUCCAGGAAGCCCUGGAAUCCUGCCAGACACGCAUUUCUAAGCUGGAGCUCCACCAGCAGGAGCAGCAAGCUCUGCAGACAGACACCGUGAAUGCCAAAGUUCUCCUGGGGAAGUGCAUAAAUGUGAUCCUGGCCUUCAUGACCGUUAUCCUCGUGUGCGUGUCCACCGUCGCAAAGUUCGUCUCGCCCAUGAUGAAGAGCCGCUUCCACAUUCUUGGCACCUUCUUUGCAGUGACUCUUCUUGCAAUCUUUUGUAAAAACUGGGACCAUAUUCUGUGUGCCAUAGAAAGGAUAAUAAUACCAAGAUGAAGCCA